CAGAGCCUUCAUGUCCUGGGCAGCGCAGUUCCUGAAACCAGAUUGUGAUGUUACCAGACAAGAUGCUUUCUACGGCCCCAGAGUAGAAGCACUGAAGGAUCCUCAGAGAGACUCUGAAUUUCCUCAGCUGCCUGGUGUUUAACAGCCAGGAUUUAGCAAUGGCUGAUAGAUUUGAUUGACAGCUGGCAGUGGUGCACUCGCACUCGGGUUGCAAUCCAUGUACCGAGCAUGUUCACCGCAUCUAGUGGAUUUGCGGAGAAUAAUGGAAGGGACCAUGAACCGGCCCAUUCCAAACAACGGUUUGUACUAUUGCAGGCACACCAAACUGAAUGACCUCAAUUAAUGCUGAAUGGUUGGAUGACGAAGGGGGAGUCAGGGAACGUCAGCAUCAACGAAAAAUGCGGAUUGGUCAUGGAGAGACCAUCGGCGGAAACUGGAGAGGCUUCAUGAUGGGAGAAAGAGGGAACUGGUGACUGUCAGCGCCAUCAGAGAAGGAGAGGGUGAGGAACUAGUGAGUGUGCAGCUCCCAGGUACAGUCGACUCCUUCAGGGAGAUAAUGAAAUGAAGAGAGACCCGUUGAGGAUGAGAUGAAGGAAAAGGAAGGAUUUGAACACGGGAAACUUGCAAUAAGCAUCACCUCAAGAUCUGAUUGGGUCGCUUGAAUCAUCUAGAUUUGAAUUGAAAGGAGAAAUGUUUGCCUGUGGGAAAAUAUUUCAAAAAUCAGUGGUUCAGCAACGACAAUGAGAUGCACAUUUGCCAGUAACUAGCAGUGACCAACCUGUACAUGGUGUACAGCCUAUACAGGGAAACGGCACGGCAUUCACUUAAGAAAGGCCAUAUAUUUGGUCCGUGUGCCUGCCGGGGCUUCAACCAAUUGUCCAACCUGGAGAGGCACAAGGUCCCCCGUGUCACGGAGAGGCCAUGGAAAUGUGGGGACUGUGGGAAGGGGUUCAGUUACCCAUCUGAACUGGAAACCCAUCGUCGCAGCCACACCGGGGAGAGGCCGUUCACCUGCGCCGUGUGUGGCAAGGGAUUCACCCAGUCAUCCAGCCUUCACACGCACCAGCGGGUUCACACUGGAGAAAGGCCAUUCACCUGUGUCCAGUGUGGGAAGGGGUUUAACGCGUUGUCAAACCUCAUGACACACCAGCGGGUUCACACCGACGAGAGACCUUUCAAAUGUUCCAUCUGCGAGAAGAGCUUUAAAAGCACCAAAGAUCUGCUGAUACACCAACGCACUCACACCGGGGAGAGACCGUUCACCUGCGCUCUCUGUGGGAAGGGAUUCACUCAGUCAUCCCACCUUCUCACGCAUCAGCUUGUUCACACUGACGAGAGGCCAUUUAAAUGCACGGACUGCGAGAAGAGCUUCAAAAGCAAAAAGGAUCUACUGACCCAUGUACGCACUCACACUGGGGAGAAACCGUUUAUUUGCCCCUUGUGUGGAAAAAGAUUCACUUGUUCGUCUCACCUUUUGACACACCAGAACGUUCACACCGAUGACCGGCCUUUCAAAUGCUCCGACUGUGAAAAGUGCUUCAAAAGCAAAAAACAUCUCCGUAAACAUCAGCGGGUGCACACUGGGGAGAGGCCAUUCGCCUGCUCCAUGUGUGGGAAGAGAUUCACUCGUUCAUCCCACCUUCUGAGACACCAUCGCGUUCACACCGGGGAGAGGCCGUUCAUCUGCACCGAGUGUGGGAAGGGAUUCACUGACUCAUCUGACCUUUUGACGCACCAGCGAGUUCACACUGGAGAGCGUCCGUUCACCUGCGGCGUGUGCGGGAAGGGGUUCACCCAGUCAUCACAUCUCACCGAGCACCAGCUUGUUCACACCGACGAGCGACCCUUUAAAUGCACCACCUGUGAGAAGAGGUUUAAAAGCAAGAAAGAUGUUCUCACACACCGGAGGGUUCACACUGGAGAGAGACCAUUCACCUGCUGUGAGUGCGGGAAGGGAUUCACUCAGUCGAACAACUUGCUCAGACACCAGCAACUACACAAGUGACAGCGGGCGUUAAACGUUGCUGUUGUCGCCAUUGUUACCGUAAUCAUAAUGUGGACCAAACUCUUCAGUCUGGGGAGUACUGCUUUGUGCGGAUAUCAAUAAUACCCACAACAUGAUCUUGAUAAGUAUUUAAUAAUUCAGUAUUAUUGUGGAUUUUGUGUCUCUUCGCUGGGCUCGAGCUCAGAGGACUAUCUGGGAAAACUGUAUGGUGGAUAGAAAGCUUCACUGGAUAUAAAGCUGGGCAAGGCAACUCCUUGGUCUUUCUCAUCUCUCUUCAAUGGCCACAUGGUCACCCAAAGUUUUAUUGUUGAGAGGUGUGAGAAAUGUCCCCCAUUCACAAUCUUCCGUGGAUCUGAGCUCCCAGAUUAUGGAAGCUUUGUGGUGAUGUUACCGGAUUGGUAAUCCAGACACCUGCACAAAUGAUCUGGAGACUUUAGCCGAUGGGAAUUUGAAUUCAGGAAAUGAAAUGUAUCUGAUCAUGAAACCUUGGCAUUAUGAUUAAAUUAAUUAAGUUUGCAAAUUGUUUUACGGACAGAAAUGCCAGCUGUACGUGAUCCAGUCUGCACCUGACUUGGUCCGUGGGAAUGUGCUUAAUUUUUUAACCGCUCCUUGAAGUGGUUGAGCAAGCCAUCAAUCCAAGGACAUCUGAGGCUGGGCAAAAAAUGCUGGGUUUGUCAACAAGUUCGUACAUCAUGUAAGAAAGACCUUGAACAUCAGGUUUCUUUGCAAAUAUGUUGGAUUGAAUUGAAUUGAAUACUUUAUUGUUACAUGUGACAAGCCACAGUGCAGUUCUUUGCUUACAUAUAAGAUAUGCAAAUAUUCGUCCAUAAAGGGCGCUUACAAAGUUGAGAAUGUUGCGAAUCGGAAUGAAAAAAGAAAUUAUGAAAAUGUGUUAAUUUCAGAUUUUGAUGUAAAAGUGACUGAAUGUGAAAUCGCAGCUUUAAAUUUGCAGUCCAAGAUUAACUGAAAAAGUUAUUUAUGCAACAGUGUAUGAUUUUAUUCAGCCAUCUUAAUAUUUAAAAUAGGCAUAUUUAAAAAUAGGUAUUGUAACAUUUAAAGGACUUUGAUUGCUAUUUGCUGAUACAAGUAUAUUAUCGUCAUUUGAACUCCAGAUAAAAAAGUUAAUAGCUCCUGAUUUCCAUUCUUCUCUCUCAACCCACCAGUCAAUGUUUCUCUGCGUCUUAAUUUAUCUUGUACUGUAUAACAAUUUUUUAUUCUGAUAUUGGUUCGUUCAACUUAACCCAAAAUGUUUCUCUUUCUGUGGAUGUUGUCCGACUUGAUAGGUCUUGUCAGCGUUUGUUUUUAUUUCAGAUUUCCAACAUUGCAGUAUACUGACUUUUCUAUGUAACAUUCUGUCUUUCUAUUUGGUUCUGCUAUAAAACAUUCCGACUGCAUAGAUUGCCCCUUUUACUUUGUCGCUAAUUUCAGAAUCAGAAUCACACUUUAUUCGCCAAGUAUGUUUUGCAACAUUUUGCAUUGGCCGGGUCAAUCAUACAAUUAAAAGUAACACAACACUCAAAAACACAUUUUAACAUGAACAUCCACCACAGUGACUCCUACACAAUUCCUCACCUGCAACGGACUGUUCCAGCUGCUACAGUCAGGCAAACGCCUCCAUUGCCAUGCUGUGAGAACGGAGAGGUUGAGAAGGAGUUUCUUCCCAGAGUCCAUUAGGACUGUAAACUCCUAUCUCACCAGGGACUAACUUUUACUGUGCCACUCUACUGCUUUUUUUUUUAAAGUGCUGUUUUUUUCCCUUUUUCCUUCCACCCACAAUAUUUAAUAUGUAAAAUAAUAUGUGAUUCUGUUCCAUUCUGUUUGUAGUUUGUUUGGUUGUUUGUUUGUUUGCCUUUUUGCGCAAAGUCCGCGAGCAUUGCCACUUUUCAUUUCACUGCACAUCUCGUAUGUGUAUGUGACGAAUAAACUUGACUUGACACUGUGAUGGAA